UAAGGCUUUUUAUGUAAGCGCAAUCAAUAUCUUAAAAAAUAAUCACAAAUGAAUGGAAAAGGAACAAAAAUGUUUGACUAACGUGUCAGCUCGUAGUAACUUCACUAAGAUGUCUCCAAAUCGAUAUGCAUGAUGUUUAUGCAUAUAAUGUGAACUCAAUUCAAGACAUCCCACAUGGUUAUUUGAGUUUCGAAAGGAGCAAACCGAUUUUUAACCCAGUUAUAUAUUGAGGCGAAGAUCAUCAUGAAGAGAAUAACUGGUUUUGUUUUUCUACUGUUGAUUCACUAUGGCAUUACCGCGGGGUUGUUUGAAAGAAAACAGGACGAGAAGCGAAACACCGGGCAUGUYAUCGACAGRUUGAAUUUGUCAAUGUUAARAUCUUUACUGARAUUGACUGUGCUAACACGAUGGAUGACUCUUACUUGGAGGUUUUGGUACGUUCACCAUACAGGAUUAGCUAUGAUCUACGGGAUGAUAGUUGGUUGUAUUAUAAAAUAUGCUGGUGGUAUUCACAAAAAGGGAUAUCCAGUAAAUUGUACAAUWCCAGUAGCUAAAGAUACUAUAUGGGUACAAGUAGAGAAUGGAAGUCAGUACUCGUAUUCACUGAAUGGUCCAGUAUUUAAAUCCAAAGGAGGAGGAGAAUUGGAACAAAAGGCUGUCUUUGAUCCAGAGAUCUUCUUUUAUGUGUUGUUACCACCAAUUAUAUUUCAUGCAGGCUAUGACAUGAAAAAGAGAUAUUUCUUUAGGAAUAUUGGAGCAAUCUUAGCCUARGCAUUUGCUGGAACAACAAUAUCAUGUUUAGCUUUUGGGUUGACAUUAUAUGCCUACACUAAAGUUGRCACAGUCCAUGAGGACUUUGAUUUUCUGGAGUGUUUGUUAUUUGGCUCACUGAUAUCUGCUACUGAUCCUGUCACUGUGUUGGCRAUCUUCCAUGAUUUACAUGUCGAUGUAGACCUGUAUGCAUUGGUWUUUGGUGAAAGUGUCAUGAAUGAUGCAGUAGCUAUUGUUUUAUUUAGGUCUGUAGAGUCCUACUUGCUUGACAAUGCAGGGGGCUUUCAAUUUGACAAAUUCUUUGGCUCAGUUGGAGUUUUUAUAGGUGUUUUUUCUGGUUCUUUCUUUCUGGGCUUUUUAAUGGGGCUUGUAACAGCUCUUAUAACAAAGUUAACCAAUAUAUCGGACUUCCCACUGCUAGAGACAGCUCUCUUCUUUUUAUUGUCCUGGUCAACAUUUUUGAUGGCAGAGGCUGCAGGACUCACGGGUAUUGUAGCUGUUUUAUUUUGUGGAAUCUCUCAAGCACAUUACACUUACAACAAUCUCUCUGAAGAAUCUAAAAGAAAUACUAAACAAAUAUUUGCACUUCUCAAUUUUUUGGCAGAGAGUUUUAUAUUUUCUUAUAUUGGACUUGCUGUAUUUACGUUUGAAAAUCAUCAAUGGAAACCUGGCUUUAUUGGUGUUUCAUUUAUUGGAAUACUGCUGGGUCGUCUGCUGAACAUAUACCCUCUAUCAUUUUUAUUAAAUCUGAAGCGACAUAGAAAGAUAUCUUACAACUUGCAGCACAUGAUGAUGUUUGCAGGUUUACGUGGUGCAGUAGCCUUUGCUUUAGCUAUGAGAAACACAGAGUCAGUACCUCGGCAGCUGAUGCUMACUACUGUACUAGUCAUUGUACUUGUAACUGUAAUAAUUAAUGGAGGAUCAACACUGUCAGUUUUAUCAUACCUCAAGAUAAGAGUUGGUGUGGAUUCAGAAGAGGAAGACAAACCCAAGUUUAUACCGGUUGGAACUGACGAAAAUGACCCUGGAGACRUAAGACAACAAACAUCUCACUAUGAAAGAGCAUGGAUAUUUAGAAUUUGGUACGAUUUUGAUAUCAAGUAUAUGAAGCCAUUAUUUACUGGUAUUGGCCCACCUUUAAAAGAUGUUUUACCUGCGUGUUGRGAACCAUUUGCCAACUGCUUGGAUAGAAGAAGAACACAGGAACAACCCCAGAAGCAAGAAGGAGAAUUAAGUAGCGAUGAGGACUUGGUAAACGUUGAUGGUGAGCUGUCCUUUCGUAGAAAUGAAGAAAUCAUGAUUCGRCCUUCAAGCGACAGUUUUGUUGCUCAAAAUGACGCCGAAUCUGGAGACCUAGGGUUAGGGACCGUUGGACCACCGGKAGUAUAAUAUCAAUUACAAUAGGUGCAUGCAAUAAAGCCACAAGUUUGACGUAGUACUAAUAGAGCAAAAUACUGCUAAGAAACAAAAACRAAUAGUGCAAAACCAAUGCUUAUUUAAAAAUAAAAGAGUAUUUUUAUAAGGGCA